CAAAAGGAUCCUGAUUAGAUUGAGAGCUGGGAUCAAGGCGCAGUACUGGGACAGGCCGGGGCCUGAGGGGAGGGGGUGAACCGGGUGAAAGAGCAGGGCAAAGCAUCGGGGAGGUCGGGGGAAGCCAUAAACCGUGCACGGCUGACCGAGUGGGAGACAAAGGGGAAGUGAGCUUCUGAAAGCCUACGCUGAGGACACUGAUCCUUGGCAGACCAGCAGGAGAGGCUGGUGCUGGAGGCUCUGACACUGGGUGCAAGAUCAACACAGACCGGGGCCACAGGGGGACAUGAUGUUUCCUCAAAGCAGCAGCCGCCACUCGAGCUCCUCUCACCUGCCCCAGCAACUCAAGUUUACCACCUCGGAUUCCUGUGAUCGCAUUAAAGAUGAGUUCCAGUUGCUGCAGGCGCAGUAUCACAGCCUUAAACUGGAAUGUGACAAGUUGGCCAGUGAGAAAUCGGAGAUGCAGAGACACUACGUCAUGUACUACGAAAUGUCUUAUGGAUUGAACAUUGAAAUGCACAAACAGGCUGAAAUAGUCAAGAGGUUGAAUGGAAUCUGUGCACAGGUGUUGCCUUAUCUCUCUCAGGAGCACCAGCAACAGGUCCUUGGAGCUAUUGAGCGGGCAAAGCAAGUGACUGCGCCAGAGUUGAACUCCAUCAUUCGUCAGCAGCUUCAAGUCCAUCAGCUGUCCCAACUUCAGGCACUUGCCCUCCCGCUCACACCACUACCUGUUGGACUACAGGGUCCCUCUCUGCCUGUCAGUGCCAGCAGUGGGCUUCUCUCCUUGUCUGCACUGGGCUCCCAAGGACACCUUCCCAAGGAAGACAAGAAUGGUCACGACGGGGAUCCUCGGCCUGAUGAUGACGGUGACAAAUCAGAUUAAAUACAUGGAUGAAAAUUAGAUGGAUAAAGGUGCAGCGCAGUAGUAACUCUAACACUGCCAGGCAGAGUUACAUUGUAGAGCCUUAUCCCAUCAUGCACUGGAACAGCUUCUUGUGUCCAAGGGUUUAGGAAAAGCAGGACACUGGCAGCCAAGGGGGUUAAUGCAUUUCUUGACACUGUAUAUGUAUGUACAUAUAUAGAAUGUACUGCGAACUGUAUUGUAAAUUGGCUGAUUUUACUUCUACUAAAAGCACAACCCCCAUCUUUUCUACAGAGUUUACCUUUCCACGUUGAUACAUUAGUGUAGUGCUUAUUUUAAAUGCAGCUCUGGAGCACAACUCUUUGGAGGCUAUUGUGAGGCUCCCUCCCAGAGGAUUUCUUAUAGAUUGUGUGGAGAAGAGUUUAGCUGGCCCCUUUAUUUACUGCUGUGUAAUCGGCUUUCUUUCAACUUCACCCUUGUCGCAUGGCAUCAGAAUGUAAUCCACUAUAGAAAGUAUGGAGGCCAUUUUAAAGUGCAUCCAUCCACUGCUCACAAUAUAGGAGGCUGUUCUUUGUGCUCUAAGUAUUUUGGAAAAUGCAUUGAAUUUAUGAGAAGAAAAUACCAUCAGCAGUCCCUUGUUCUUCAAGGUUCGGGACAGACACACACAAUCGUUUUUACUCAUUUUUUAAAUUAGAUUAUUAAAUAAAAGAAGUUAAUUUGGUUUUAAUACAAAGUAGGACAACAAGUCAGCCAUUGUUCUGGGGGAAGGCUAUUUCCUCUGGACGUUGUAUGUUCUUGUUUAGUUCUAUUGGUUUUCUGCGCUUUUCUAACUUUUGGGUGACGGGAGCUUUUCAGAUAGUCCUCCACCUUUUACUAAGUAUUGCUCUUACUUCUACUGUUGGAAGAUAUUUUUGUAAUUGCUGAAAGGUAGGAUUAUUUAUUUUUAUGGGAAUAAAAACUGUCAUUGUUUUAGUUUUCAGUGACUUGUUAAAUGAAGAGAAAUUAUUGAUGUUAUCGACUCGUACAUCCAUAAGACAUACAUUUAAUGUCAGACUAAAGCUGCUUCCAGCAGAGGCAUGAAAUGGCCAACUUUAAAGUCUAUAGUGCCGACUAGAGAUGAGCGAACUUACAGUAAAUUCGAUUCGUCAAAAACUUCUCGGCUCGGCAGUUGAUUACUUAUCCUGCAUAAAUUAGUUCAGCUUUCAGGUGCUCCG